AUGGAUCUUCCCGACGGCCCGGCUGCGCCCGCCAGGUGCAACUCGCGUGUUUGGUGCACCUGGCCCAGUCUUGGAGUCCGGAACGGCAGCUCAAUUCGCGGGGGACCCCUGGGCGCUGCUCGCCGCCGCCACCUCCCGCGCCUCCGACGCCGCCAAGUGCCCCUCCGCGGUCUCCCAAGUGUCCCUCCGCGGAAGCAGCGCCACCUCGAUGAGCUCCAGGACGCCACGGCGCUCCUGCAGCGCGGGAAUCGCGACCUGGCGGCGCGCGCAGAGGCCGCGCGCGGAGGGCUGGCCCUCGCCUUGCUCGCCAACGCCGCGUUGCGCGCCGAGGCCGCCGCGCUGUCCCGUCGGCUCGCGGCCGCCCGCCGCGCUCUCGUCGUCCUCGGCCGUGUGUACGCGGGGGCCGCUGCUGUUGCCAGCGUCGGCUACGGCAACUGCUGCCUCGGGUCGCGGCGCAGAGGCUGGCCCCGGCGAGCAGCAACGGCGCGGGGCUGUGUGGAGCGUGGGCGGCCUCGGCGGCGCAAGGUCAGGUGGAGGCUGCGACAGCGCGGGCGCCGUCGCCGGCGCGGAGAUGGGCAGUGGAAGAAGAGGAAGGGCGACGAGCGGCGCGUACCGACUGCUCGAUGA